AGGACUUGAGGACUCCUCAACUCAGCUUUGGAGCCACCAUGUUGACGCGCCUCUUCAGCGAACCCAGCUUGAUCCCAGAAGUUCAGAAAUUCUCCAGCUGGGCGGACGAUUGUGAAGAGGAUGAUUCGAGCGACAAAGAGGAGCGGAAAAGUAAAAGCUGCCCUCUUCAGGAGGACCCCAACGACUCGGAGGUAAAAGAGGAGACCGAUGUGGGCGCUGAUGAAGAGGAGGAGGAGGAGGAGGAGGAAGGCAUUGAGGAAGCGGAAGGCGAUCGACCUAAGAAACGGGGCCCCAAAAAAAGGAAAAUGACCAAGGCCAGGCUAGAGCGCUCCAAGCUGCGACGCCAAAAAGCCAACGCCCGGGAACGCAACCGGAUGCACGACCUUAACGCCGCCUUGGACAAUCUCCGCAAGGUCGUGCCUUGUUACUCCAAAACGCAGAAAUUGUCCAAGAUCGAAACCUUGCGGCUGGCCAAGAACUACAUCUGGGCCCUGUCGGAAAUCCUGCGCUCGGGCAAGAGGCCGGACUUGGUCUCCUACGUGCAGACUUUGUGCAAAGGUUUGUCCCAGCCGACCACUAACUUAGUAGCCGGCUGCCUCCAGCUCAACUCAAGGAAUUUCCUUACUGAGCAAGGCCAGGAGGCCGGGAGAUACCACGGGCCCAACUCCACCUUUGCCAUGCAUCCCUACACUUAUCAGUGCUCGCGGAUCUCCAGCGCUCAGUGCGCUUCCAGCACCAUGGCAAGCUCCCACGCCUUGCGGACGCACGCUUACUGUGCCACCUACGAGUCCCUCUAUGGGAACGCCUCGCCAGAUUACAAUAGCUCGGAAUACGAUGGGCCCCUGAGCCCUCCUCUGUGCGUGAACGGGAAUUUUUCUCUCAAGCAGGAUUCUUCCCCCGACCACGAGAAAAAUUACCAUUAUUCUAUGCACUACUCCGCCCUCCCCAGUUCUCGCCCUUCCGGGCACAAUUUAGUGUUCGGAGCUUCGGGAAUGCGCAGUGGCGUCCACUCUGAGAAUGUUUUGCCUUACGACAUGCACCUCCAUCAUGACCGAGGUCCGAUGUACGAGGAGCUCAAUGCUUUUUUCCAUAACUAG